UAUAUGCAGAAGAAAAACAAUAUUGAUGACAGGAUAUGUUUAACAAUUUGUAAGCCGAAUGUGUUAGUAAAAUGUUUGAUUGAAUGUGCACAAAAUGUUUGUGUAUUUCGUUGAAGCAUACAUGUAUGUACGUACGUAUGUAUUCUAACAAGUCUUGCAAUGAGCAACUGGAAAACCGCUAGACUGAUUAUCGACUGCUCCUGCACCUGCCACGUUCCGGUUGACCGCCUGCAGUUGACCAUUUCGCGUCCUGCGACGCAGGCAGCGCUGCCGCUGCUGUCAAAGGUUGCCACUUGACGGUGGUGGCUGCAGCUUGGUGCAGCGCCCAAAACUAUUUACCAAGCGCUGGCUGUGCCGGCAACAUCGCAGUAUAAAACAACAACAUUUACAAAGAGAGCGAGAACAAGAGCAACACAGAAACAAGUAAAACAUAUAAAAUAUGCACAAAUAAAUAAAAAAUUAUUGUGAUUGAAGCUAUAGCGAAAAUCUAAAGCUGAAACUAAAACUUCUACCGAUGCGCACAAAAUUGCAAGUGUUCAAAUUCGAAACGGAAUGAAAACAAAGCAAAAGCCAACUGCUGCUGCUGCGACGAGCGCUGCCGGAAGCACUCGACUGACAACCGUUAGGCAGCGCAGCAAAGAAGAAGAGUUAAUCAGACUGAGACAGCGCCAGCCACAGCCACAGCAAUGCGAACGCGAGCGCAAGCACGAGGCGGCCAGAAAGGAGAGAGAAGCGCAGGCGCAGCAGAAGAGAGCUGCAGUACCAAGGAGACGAACGCCGUCUCCGGCGCCGGCGCCGCCAACAGCGCGUCCGUUGUCAAAGCCCAUCAAUGACAGAGCUAAGCCGCAGACGGCAAUAGCUGGCAAACAGCCGGAGAAGAUCCAUGUAAAACCAGCUGCUGCCACUACUGCUGCUGGAAAUGUUACCUUUUGCGCUGGCCCUGCUCCUGCUGCAGCUACAGGCGAUGCCACCGCUGCCGGCAAUGCCACAGCUGCCGCCACCACUCCUGGCUCCGGCUCCAGCUCCGGCACCACUGACGAGGAGACCGCGAAGCUUCGACUGCAGCUAGAGCAUUUGGCGCAACUGUCGCAGCAAGACUUCGAGCGAGAAUUUCGCCAGUGGAUGGCGCAAGAGGGCAUCGAGGGCAAGAUGCAUGCGCAUCUGCGCAUGGAUCUCAUCAACACCUUCAACAGCACCUCGCUGGGCCAGCUGCUGAGCAAGGCGUCAGCGACCGCUGCACAGAUGAGCCAGCAACAGAAUUGCCUGCUCCUGUCGCCCAUAGCGCUGGCGCUGCACACGCUCGUCGCGGAGUUUCUCUAUGAGCAGAACUUCCAUUACACGCUCUCCGUUUUCUGCAGCGAGAUGCCGCAUCGCCAUACGCUGCCCGAUUUCGAGGGUCGGGCCGAGUUCCGAUUUAACCAGGAAGAGCUGCAGCAAGUGCUCACUGCGGUGCUGGGCGAGCACAGGGAAACGCCGGUUCAGUUCGGGCAGACGUUACUUCAGACUUAUGGCAAACCGAAGCAGUCGCUGCUGCUGGCGCUGCUCAAAACUCUGGGGGAUUCGCGUCGCACGGAUUUGACACAGGUCAACGAAAGCACAAUGACACAUAGGGCAUGGGAGAGCAGGACAGAGGCCACGCAAACAGAGCCGGCGGCAUGUGUGCAAAGUUCUCCAGAUGGUGACAACAGCCACCUGUACCAGACCGAGGAGCUGGUUGUGGCCGCCGACGGACGCACUGUGUUCAUUGGACCACGCGUCUCGCAGUCGCUGAAUGGCGUCGAGCAGCAGCUAUCCCAGCUGAUGCACUACAUGGAUGCACUCUGUAAAUCCUGUGCGCCACCUGUCGAAAUCAUCCCCUUCAAAGCGUUUGAGCAGCUGCUGCAGCAGGAGAUACUUGAGCGCGAGCGUCUGCUAGUUACUGGACAAACGCUGGGACCUGGACAGACGGCCAUACAGCUACCAGAGCUGACGCAGCAGCAUGAGACGCAGGUGGCGAGACAGGAUGGCAACACAGUGCUGUCCCCGGUGGGGCCCAUACAAUUGCCGGCGGAUUCGCCAUCAGUGCCAAAGCUGCCGCACUUGCAUGCGGAGCAGGUGGCCAGCCUGGCCAUGGUGCAGCAGGCUCUGCAGAAAUUCCAGCAGCAGACGCAUCAGCCCCAGGAUUGCAUGUACAUAACGCUGGACCGGCUGGAGGCGCUGGUGGGCGAGCUCGCCGGGUGUGUACAAACGCUGAGCAAUGUGCUCAAUCUGGCCAUGGAGCAAGAGUACGCCGUGGGCAGGCACAAGGGCUUCAAGCUGGGCUAUCGCGAGGGCUUCUCCCAUGGCCACUAUAUGGGCGUGCAGGAAGGCAUGCAGUGCCAGAAGCAACAGCAGCAACAGCAGCAUCGGGACACCUCCAGCCAAACCCAAAUACUGUCAGCACCAUGCACAAUGCAGACGGUCGCCACCCAAACGAGGCGAUUGCGCCAGCGGCACAUUACCACCAACACGGAUCACAUACAGCAAUGUUUGAAAGAUGCCGCCAGCCAGACGACUCCAGCUCCAGCUCCAGCUCCAGCUCCAGUCCCAGUUGCAGCUGCAGUACCCGCCCCGGCACCCGCUACUAAAGCAUCACCGUCACGUAGCUAUGAGCAAUGGAUCUUUGAGAUGCUGCACAGCCAUAGUGGUCACAUCUUUCUGGAGCGUGUUGAACUGUCGCUGAACAAAGCACUGGAACAGCAAAAGCAGCGCCUGGAUGAGCUCUUUGAUGUGAAACUGCGUCAUCACGCCGAACUGAUGCGCCUGAGUCGCAGGCAGAGCUCCUGGCGCACGCUGUGCCGGCAUGUGGAGCGUGACUCGCACUCCUCGGAAGCACGUGAGCUAGUGCACAAGAUAUUUCGGCUGCUGGAGCACUACGAGGCCCAUCACCAGCUGCUGGCCGAGAAGAUACAGCAAACGGAGUUGGCAGCCGAGCAGACAGCACGCAUCCAGCCGGUGUGGACCGACGCGGAGACCAACAACGAUGUCUGUCGUCUACCGUCCGCAUUAAGUAAACCCAAAUGUAAAUCGCCACCAGUACCGCCUGCGUCAACAGCAAGGACAAUAUCCGCGUCGUUUCCACAUAGUGUGCUGGGCUUAGCUGCGCCCUCAACUGGCGCAGCUCCGCCCGCUCCCGCUGCUGCUGUUGAGCCACCCAGACCGCAGCUAAACAGCGUUGCCACCAACACCAAUGGCCAGAGUAAGCACACCAUUGCGGAUGCACGCCCACAAGUCGUGCCCAGCUUCAAUGAAGCGCUGCUUAGCGCCAAAAACCGCAUGCUACAGCUGGAGCAGGAGAGCGAUCUGCUGGAGCAGAGCUUCCUGGGCUAUCUGGAGCGUGCGCGCGCCCAAAAACAGAAGCUCAAUAUUCGCGCUAGCUGUGCCCGCGAGCGCCAGCAGAUCCAUCGCACAUUGGACAGCUUUCGGGAGUGGCAGCGACGCAUACGGCGCGAGGAUGUGCAGCUGAACACGGUGAUUCCGCCAGUGGCAUCACCCGUUUACAGUGGCUCCGAGCUGGAUCAGGAUAGUUAUCAGUUCACCAAUGCCAUUGCCGUGGCCAGGCGCAAACUCUUCUCGGAGCUACAGGCUACCUCACACCCAGUGCUGCCAGCAGCAGCAGCGGCGGCUCCGCAAUUGGAACUGGAGCUGGAGCUGCCAGCGAUGGCAAACAAAAUGCUGGCCGACCAGGUGCAGCACGAGACACAACAUCUGCUGAGCCGCGUGGAGGCGACGUUGGCGCGCGUUUCCCAGCCCGCCAGCCUGCAGCUGAUGACCGCCGAAUCGCAGCUCGGCGCUGAGCUGGAAGCUGAUCUGCUAAGCAGCGGCACGCUCACCUCGCUGGCAGACAUGGAUAGGCUGAGCAGUGGUGGGGAUGGCGGCGAUGAGGCGAUAACGCCGCCCGCCAGUCGCAAAUUGCAGCGUUCCAUGGCCAGAAUGAAUCAGCUUUUUGGCACCCAUGCCGAAGCACAGGCCUCGACACGAGCAGAUGCCUUGCCAAAGCCUAACAUGAAGCCACCAUCGCGUCCUUGGAGUGCACCCACAAGUAUACUGAAUUCGACCUGCCCACCCACUGCUCUGGCCCAGCGGCCGCACACAGCGCCAAGCAGCCGCACGGAGGUGGCUCCAGCUCAUGCUGGGGGUCCGAACCUUCUGGGUCUGCUGGACGCGCUAAGCGAUGUUGGCAACACAACGGCCAAUUCAAGCAGCCUGGGCAGCAACCUGGGAAGCAAUCUGGGCAGCAGCCUAGACAAUCGUCCCACUGCCAUGCGUGAGGUGUACGCGCAGCUGGUAAGCAAUGCCUCAUCCGCAUCGCAUGCAUCCUCAAGUCCCUCGGCCCUGUCACAUAGCCUGGAGUUCUGGAAACGCGUGAAUCUGUGAUGAUACGGCGACGCGACGAUUGCUUUGCUGGACGCGCUCGCAGAUGUGUCGCUGCGAUCCUGACUAGCAAAGCUAUCGCCCCCAGUCCAGCCCCGUCAAUACAAUAAAGCUUGAUACACUCGUGCAUACAUAUACUAUAUAGUUUAUAUUCUUGAUAAGUUAGUAACUCUUUUUAGCUCGGCUCCUCCAAAAUUAUGUCAGUAUGUCCAAAGAUCUUAAUAUACAUAUAAAUACCUUAUCAUAUUAAAUAUAGUAAGUCGAAGUAGUAGGCUUAUAAACAAUUAACUAUAAACAGAAAAAUUCAGUAUCCUUCGGGUGGAGGAAAUUCAAUAUAAAAUAAGAGGUAGGCUAAGAUAAAUUAGGUUUGGUUAUAUUCUUGAAUAUAGAACUUUUUUUUAUUCGUAACUGUCC